AUGCAAAGUUUCCUUCGCAGCGAUAGAUUGAAAAAUGUAGGCCUACUUUCUUUUUCUACGGAGGUCAAGUGGUUUGGGAACCUUGGAAAAAUGAACCAAGCGUUACUAGAGGAGCCCGAACUGUUAACAGAAGUACCACCCAUACUUAAAAGACUAGCUAAAAUGACAGCUUAUGGUUUUUAUGAAGCAGAGCAUAUUGCAAUAGUUUGUCUUUUGGCGGUUGUGCCUUGUGUUGAUGAAGAGAGCCUUCUUGACCGGUUGAAUUUCGAUAAAAGGCAGUUGAGACAGGCCUUAGCUCGUCUAAGGUCGGAUAAGCUGGUUAAGCAAAGAGUCCAUAAAGAGAAACAACCAGAAACGGGUACUUUUAAUGUUUAUAACUUUUAUUUCAUAAACUACAAGGUUUUUGUUAAUGUUGUUAAAUAUAAGUUGGAUCACAUUAGAAAGAAACUAGAGAGUGAAGAACAGCAAGCUAAAAACCGACCAUCGUUCACCUGCACAUUGUGUGAGAAUAAAUACCAAGAUCUUGAAGUAGACCGUUUGCUUGAUUUAACAACAGGGAUGCUUAAAUGCACAUUUUGUGGCGGUGAUGUUGAGGAGGAUGCUGCUGCUGAUAAACACAGAUCAGUGAACAAAUCAUCAUUAGCUUUGUUUAAUGAGCAGAUGGAGCCAAUCUUCAAGUUACUGAGAGCCUGUGAAAACAUAAAUUUAGCACCAGAGGUACUGGAACCUGAACCUACAACUGUGCAACUCAAAGUUGCUGCUAACAGAAGCAAUGCAAGUUCAAGCAAAGGCGGUUGGUCUAAUGAUAGAAAAACUAUUGAUUUAUAUGACCAGAGUAUUAGUGUAAAUGUUGGUAAUGAUGGAGAAAAAGAAGUUAAAAAGAAUGCGGUGAAAAAGCUACCUGUUUGGAUGGCACAAAGCACUGUGUAUGAAAAUAAUCCAGAGGACCAAGCAAGUGCAGAAGCACCAGAUAAAAAGCAAUUGAAGACAGAAAGCAAGCAUAUAGGGGAUAAAGAUAUUUUGUCAGAUUUGUUAGCACAUGAAAGUGUUGCAAAGAAAGCAAAACUUGAUACGGGUAGUGGUAAGAAAAGUGAAAGUGAAGAUUCUGAGCCUGAUUCUGAGCCAAAUGAUACCCCUGUUUCUGUGCCAGUUGCUGUCAAACCAAGUACAAGUUCCAAUGCAAAAAGCACUUUGGAAACAGUAAUGAGUGAUGGUGAUGAUCAUGAUGAAGACCAUGAUGAGGUUAUGGUGACGGUAGGCUCAGAGAGUAUUCCUAUUUCCAAAGUUUUAGAUGACCCUUCAAUUAUGGAGAGAAUGACAGAAAAAGAACAUGAAGAUUACCUUCAUGUGUAUCAUAAAUAUGUAGAGCAGUUUUACUAAUCUACAUCCAAAUUUUGAGAUGACAGAGAAUAGUAACUGUUAAGAAAAUUUAUAAGUUCUGCCAAUCGUUUUCAAGUUGCUGCUAGCCAUGGUAUCUUAGAGAAAACUGACUCAACAGAUAAGAUAUAAAAAAAGAUUUUAAACAGGACUUUCCUUUCGAAGCUCUUGAAUUUCAUUGAUAAGUGUCUCAAAUUGCAGUUCGGACAUUUUAUGGAAUAUAUGUAACAUUUAGGACUUUUCAUUGUUGAAACCUUUGUCUUGUUGUGAAAUACAGAAUUUUGUCUAUGAAUAUUUUAGAAUAU